CAAGAAUACACUAUUACUGCCGAGAAAAGCAUUACCGCAGCAUGCAGCGUGCUGCGGUGGAGGGCUUGAAGCGCUACUCGGGAGACCCAGUUUAUCGUCUGUAUUUCGGAAUGUCGUUGAUUUUUGAAGGCCGUCUUCAAGAAGGAAUUCGAGAGUUGGAUGUGGUCAGGGAAAGCAAGGAUGUAUCUCUGGGAGGAAUCUUGGCCUUGAUCUUCGCACACAGGAAAUGUAGCGUCGUUGACAAGGAGGCUGUAGCUCAGCUCGAUGCUCAGCUGAAAGAAACAAGGAAACAAGCCGGAGAAAAAGUGUUGUACUAUGCUGGGCUGUUCCUCUUUCUCACUGGAAAAUAUGACAAGGCACGAGAAUACAUUGACCGUAUGCUCAAGGUGGCACCACCCACACGUGACGGACUUAUACUGAAAGGAUGGAAUGAAAUUGCCAGCACAAGGGACAAAAAAUCUGCAAUCCAGUACUUUGAGUCACCUGGAGUUGCCGUCCCAGAAGGCCUGUUUGGGAAGGCCAAGUGCUUCGAAUGCAGCGGAGAACUCAUGAAAGCCUUGGAAGUGGUCAACCAAGCUGUCGUCCUGUACACUGGCUUUGUACCUGCACUACUUGAAAAAAUGAAGCUCCACCUCGCACUCUCUGACUGGGAACAAAUGGUGGACUCUUGCAACAGGUGCCUCUCGCAAGAUUCAAAAUGCAUUGAUGCCCUUCUGCAUCUUGUAUUAAACCAGAUAUGCAAAAAUGGGGACUACAAAGAGGCAUCUGACAGGUUGUCGGAGCUUGUUUCGCUGCUUGAAGUAGUAGAGCCGACCAACGCAGUUUUGUAUUACAGGAUAGCUCAACUACUGUCACGAAUAUGUUCAAGGCAAAACUGCAUUGUGAUGCACACACAAGGGCUCGUAGAAAAGGCAUGUGCCUUGCAACCGGCUAACGCAGACUACCUGACUGAGCUCGGCUACCAGUGCAUCUUGCAGAGUAAAACGAAGGAAGCCACCAAACAUUACAGGGCUGCUCUCAAGGCUGAUGAAGCUAGUAUUAUGGCUCUUAAUGGAAUCAUUUGGUGUCAGCUGCUUGAGGACCAGAACGACGUUGCAAAUCAGCAGCUCGAGCUACUCAAGGAAAUCCAUAAGACAUCCAGCAUGCCAUCGGAGCUCUUAUACCUAUGUGCCCUGUGUGCACAAAAGACACAGGAGAAGCCAGAGGAGGUUCUCAACUACCUAGGGCAAUCUGUUGACAACCAUUUCGCAAAACUGGAGGGCCUUCCACUUGGCGUGGACUACCUGCUUCUUCUGAAUCCAGACUUCAUAUUUGAAGUUGUGAAGCUAUAUCUGCAAUAUGCUCCUGAUAAGCCUGUCGACUCUGGACAAACAAUACCGGAGCCACUCAGGAGAGGCCAGGCAAUACUUCAGCCAGUUCUGAGGAGUUGUCCUGGCUCUGUGGAGGCAGUGUAUUGGAUGGGCAAGCUCAAGUACCUGUCAAAUGACUUGGUACAGGCCCAGUCUCUGCUCUCCAAGUGCACGCAACAGUACUCCAGCUUCACAAGCGCACAACUGCUGCUGGCACAGAUGCACAUCCACCAAGGGAACACCAAGAGUGCCAGCCAAUUACUGGAAACAGCACUCAGCUAUGACUUCGAGGUGAGGGAAAAGCCCAUAUUUCACAUCAUCAAGGCUAAGAUACUGAAAGAACAAGGCGACUACCAGGAGGCAGUGCAGCUGUUGAAUGCUGCCAUGGCGCUAUGCACUGCACCUGUGUCAACCACAUCUCGCAAGAACCGGAAGCAAGAGCUGACCUCGAGCGACAAGCUGUCUUUGUACCUUGAGCUUGCCGAUGUGUAUGGAAAGCUAGACCAGCAGCACGAGGCAGUAAGAGUGAUGCAAGAAGCUGCCAGUGAAUUCCGAGGCACACCGGAGGAAACACGCGUGAGCAUUGCAAGCUGUGAACUGGCUCUUGCACGGGGCGACGUGGAAGAAGCUCUGUCCCUGCUACGCAACAUUGGGCCAGACCAACCUUACUUCCAACAGGCCCGGGAGAAGAUGGCCGACAUUUACUUGAACUACAGGAAGGACCCCCGCCUGUAUGCCAGCUGCUAUAGGGAAAUUAUUGAGAAGUUUCCAGUCCCACAGUCAUACUUAAUGCUUGGUGAUGCUUACAUGAAAAUACAAGAGCCAGACAAUGCCAUUGGGGCAUAUGAGCAAGCUUUACGCAAGAAUCCCAAAGACAGUGCAGUGGCACGAAAGAUCGGUCAGGCACUCAUCAAGACACAUCAGUUUGAGAGGGCUAUUACAUACUACAAGGCUGCUAUAAAGUCUGGAGGACAACCACAGAUGAAGUAUGACUUGGCUGAACUGUUGGCAAAAAUAAAGAGAUAUCAGGAUGCAGAGGAUGCCAUCAAUGCUGCUCUUGGAACACUUCAAAAGGAACCUGACCUCACAAGCUUGCAGUGGGAAUCAAAGUUCUAUCUGUUACUCGCUCAAGUUCAUCAAAAUGAUCACAAGGAUGAUGCAUCAGUAAAAGAUCUCAACAAGGCUUUUGAAGCUCAAAGUAGAGUAAUGCUUCGCGUGCCUCAAGAGCAACCAGAUUCCCUCCAAGAACAGAGACAACUCGCAAUUGUUAUCUGCAAAAGCCUUGCUGAGCAUAGCGAGCUCAAGAGAGAUUACAUUCCAGCGGCCAGGUUCUACAAACAGGCGCUCAGCUACGAUUCUGCCAACAAAGAGAUUCUCCUGGCCCUUGCAAAGUUGGAGAUGACCUCGAACAACCUUGAAUCCGCUAAGCAGUACUGUAACACAGUUCUGCAGCUUGAAAAAAACAAUGACACUGCCACACUGAUGAUGGCAGACCUCAUGUUCAGGAAAACAGACUUGGAAUCAUCCAUGUUUCAUUUUCAGCAGCUGCUAGAGAGGAAACCAGACUAUUACCCCGCACUAGCCAGGCUUAUAGAAGCCAUGAGACGUCUCGGCAAGUUGGACCAAGCUGAGCAGUUUCUCAAGAAGGCCGCCGAUCUGUUGCCACGUUCUGGAGUUAAUGGGGGCUAUUUCUACUGCAAAGGGCUCCACGAAUGGUACACAGGAAAUCCAGCUGGUGCUAUGAAGAGCUUCAACAAGGCCCGCUAUGAUCCAGAUUGGGGCCUCAUAUCAACCUAUCACAUGAUAGAGAUAUGCAUCAAUCCAGACAAUGAAACUAUUGGCGGUGAAACUUUCGACAAUGGUGGGGUAAUUGCAGGAGACAGUGCUAAGGUACACUACCACGAAGGAGCAAUUCAAACUGCAGAGAGACUUCUGAAUGAGCUGAGACCAAAGAUGUGUAAUGACUCUGACUUCCGUCUUAUGAGUAACUUUGUGCUCUUAGCCAAGAAGUCAAAGGUUGAUGCUGAAAUUGCCUUGAAUGAGUUCCUGCAAUUCAGCUCUGAAGAACGAAAUAAAGACCAUGUAGGUGCCAUAUUGGGCAUAGCGACUGCCCAGAUGAUCCUCAAGCAGGUACCCAGAGCCAGAAAUCAGCUCAAACGAGUGAUGAAAGCUCCCUGGAACUUUGGGGAUGCAGAAUACCUGGAAAAGUGCUGGGUUCUUCUUGCUGACAUUUACAUCCAGUCUGGAAGGUACGACGUAUCAACUGAUCUUCUCAAACGUGUCCUGCAGUACAACAAGUCCUGCACGAAGGCUUACGAAUACAUGGGCUACAUCAUGGAGAAGGAGCAGAAUUACAAGGAUGCCGCACAGUACUACGAGAACGCUUGGAAACAAGGAAGUCAGAACAACCCUGCCAUUGGCUACAAAUUAGCUUUCAACUACAUCAAGGCCAAACGAUACACAGAUGCCAUUGAUGUCUGCCAUAUUGUUCUGGCUAAAUACCCAAGCUACCCAAAGAUAAGGAAGGACAUCUUGGAGAAGGCACGUGCAAAUCUCCGCACUUGAGGAGUUCAGCAUUAUCAUAAAAACUGGUCCGUAUUUCACCGGCAACUGUU